AAAAUAAUUUGUCAUUAGACAAAUUAGAAAAUAAUUUACCAAUAGAUACAAGUACUGUUGAAUCUGGUCGUCCCUUUACAACAUUUGCUGAAGCUUAUACAACAAUUGAAAAAUAUACAAUGCAAACAAAUUCAGUCAUAAUCUUAGAAAAAACUACAAAAAACUCUGAUAAUAAAAAAUACGGUGGAAAAAAUGAAGAAUUUAUUACCAAGCGUACUGAAUGCCCAUUUGCAAUUGGAUUAAAUUACUACAAGUGUACUAAUGAAUAUGUUAUAAUGAAGUCAUAUCUGGAGCACAAUCAUGAUAUUUGCUUGAGUGCCACAAAGUUUAGUACUAUUAUUCGUAAACUUGAUGAUGAUGAUCUAGGUUUGGUAGAAAAACUCUAUGACAAUGGUCUUAGAACAAAAGAUAUAUUUUCAGUAUUGAAUUCUGUUAGUUCAAAAUAUAUUCACAAACCCGAUGUUUAUAAUGCAGUAAGCCGUCAACGUAAGCGUAAGUUACAAGGUUUAACUGAAAUUGAGUUGCUUCUUAAAACUUUAUGUGAUGAUGAAAGUAUUAUAGGAAAUAUUGCAUUAAAAACUGUAUACAAUAGUGAGAGAGAUCAGGAUGGCGAAUUUAUUCAAGCUGUUUUUUGGGCGUAUCAUGCAUCACUUUCUGAGUUCACAAUAGGAAAAGAUCAUUGA